CGUCCGCUGGAGCGCUGGAACGGAAUGAUCCGGAUGGACCGAGACUCUCAGGUUUCUCUCUGGUUGUUCAAUCGAGUCUGGCAUUUAAACGGCGCGAUCGAGAGAGGAACAAUGCUUGAUCGGCAUUAAAUCGGUGCCUGGAGGUACCGCGAAGGCAAGGAGCAUCGUUUGGGGAGAGUUCGCCCGAGGGGACGUUCAGCGAAAACAAAGUUUUAGGUUACUCGCGUCAUGGCACAGUCGACGACAAGCGGGACCUCCUCGCGACGAUACAUGCGGGAGCAUGAGGUGCCGUCCUCGUCGCGUUACGCGGACAGCGAGUGGGAGUCCAAAGAGGCCUUACGACAGCGGGAGCUCGAGGAGGCAAGGGCGCGAGCGGCGCAGAUGGAGAAGACGAUGCGAUGGUGGUCUGACUGUACUGCUAAUUGGCGUGAGAAAUGGAGCAAAGUUAGGAACGAGAGGAAUGCUGCUAGAGACGAGGCAAAGGCUCUGAGGGCGAAAUUGGAGAUCGCUGUCAAAGAUACCAAUACUUUCAAGCACGAAUCUCAAGAAUUGGAGCUGCAGAACGAACAGCUGAAGAAGGAGAUGGAAAAGAUACACAUGAUACUCUUGAAACACGCCGGGCAGUUCGAUCAACAGAUCUUUACCAUUCUGGAAUCAGAUCCGCAAUUGAGAGCUACCUUCGGGUUGGACGAGCAGCUAGAGUUUUAUAAUAACAUCGAAGCCAGCGAAGCGUUAGGUGCACAAAGGGAUAUGCUAUCUUGUAAAAAUUCGCAUGAAGCAUCGAAUAUCGCUUCGGGAGUUCACAAUAUCCUACCAGAAAGGGAUAUCGAGGAGUACGUCUUGCAAGGUGCCGUGCCGAAGCACGCGGUAGAAUUGUAUAAGGAAAGUCCCAGUAACUCGCUAGAUAAAAACGUCACAAAACUAGUCGCGGAUAGUAACGCCAAAAAGGAUGGACUAGAGAAACAAUCACCGUUAGAUAUGUAUAAUGAGGAGUGUGUAACUCAAAAAAUGUCAACGUUGCAAAUAAAGUUGGAGGAAGCAACGAAAACUAUUUCUGUGGAAAGAGAGGAAAACAAUUCUCUGCACCGGACUGUGGAAAAAUUGAAAGCCGAAGUUAAACAAUUAAGGGAGCAAUGUGAGGAAUUAUCUGAGAGUAGAGCCGAUGCGAUGAGAGAACUAUCGGAGCUAAAAGAACGUUUUCAACUCGAACUUAGUGACGAACAUAUAGCAGAUUUAAUAGACAAUACAAAUAACGGAGAGAGCAUGGACCGUCGUUUGACGGAAUUGAGGACAGAACUGGAGAAACUUCAAACUGAAAAUGCAGCAGAGUGGAGUAAAAGGGAGAGACUAGAAACUGAGAAGAUUUCUUUGGAACGAGAGAACAAAUUGCUCCGCUUAAAAUUACACGAGCUGCAAGAGAGAAUAGAAUCGCGACGACCACGGCCGGUAUCUACGGCCGACACAGAUACGAGACAAUUGCAGCAUGAAAUUCUAGUUCGCAACAUGGUAUUACUUGAAGUGAAGCAAUAUCAGGCGGCACUGAAACAAUCCUUGGCGGAGAAAACAACAGAGUUAUCGCACGCGAUGAGACGGUCCGAGCAAUACGAGGCGGAGGUGAAGCGAGUGAGAGCGAGAGUCGAGGAGUUGAAGAAAGAGUUGGCCGCUGCUCAGGAUGAAGUUGACGCUGCUACGAACAGCGCACGGAAACUGCAACGAACCAACGAGAAUCUUAUGGAGCAAUUGGAAUCUGCAAACGUACAACUGGAACAUUUUAGAAAUAGUAACGAGACGCACGAAAUUUCAACGGAUGCUGAAGUAGACGGGACUGGCAAGCAAGAAUUUCAAGCCAACAAUUCCAGUGAAUACACUGAAGGUACGUUACUAAUAUAGCCGUCGCUUUUGAAUCGAUAAAACAAUAAUUGGACGAAAUUACAGUCUACGAACGGUAACAAGCCUAGUAUUCGCUUGUGCCGAUAUAGCGAUGAAGUGUUUAAGUCAGAUAGCGAAGAUGCAAAUGGAUAGGUGAUCUCGUAGUGGGCCUAAAGUACAGAACAAGUACUUGACAACAGUUUUUUUUUCCUUUUCUUUUUUUAAUCUUUUACUCUGCGCUAAAUGAAUUGUACGUAUCGAAUAAUCAUGAGCUACGCGCCUACUAUGUUUAACAAUGAACACGUCAAUACUUCUAGAAACAUACAUGUAAAUAUAUGUUGCGUCAUGUUAUUUAUGUGUCAUAAUCGAUAACGUACAAUUUUAAUUAUCUAUUGAACAAUAUGAGUGAUGGAUCACCUGCAGUAUUUGCUGUUCAAUAGUUACUCAGUCAUGACAGAGAGAUCAUGCUUAUUUUUAUUAUUGUUUCCUGUAAAUAAUCAUUUCAUUGUUGCUCAUAUUCGUUUUUCUACUUUUGUAAAUUAUGAACUAAGUAUCUUUCCUCUUUUCAUUUGUCAUCAAUGUGCAUUUUGUAUACAGUUUACAUUCCGCAUUAUUUUCUUUUGUAAGUUUCUUUUUUUUUAAUUAAUGUAAAGAUAUUGUAUAUAUAUAUAAACAUACAUAUAUACAUGUUCGCGAAAUAUAUGUGUAAUGAAACAUUUUGUUUCGUCAUGUAUUUUUCGUCUCGCAAAAGACUGCCGAAAUCGAGUAGCGAGAUACAGUAUGUACAAGAUACGAUACCUGAUAUUUAUAACUGAACAUUUUAUGUCAAUACCGAAAAUCUAUGUAGUAUAAAUUGAAGCAAUACUCUAUCUGCAUGUAUAUCCGCGGGUGCAUGUCGCAGAUAUGCCGAGUUGUAGAUAAAAUCUAAACUUUUAUACAAUACAAUCACUUAUGUCAAAUUGAGAAAAUUGUCGUGAAUUAUAUUUCUUAACCAAUGAGAAGAAGGCGAAAAAAGUUUUUUUUUCUAGUUAAAAUGUAUUUUAUUGAUAAAAUUUAAUAAAUAGCAGCGAGAUGUAACAUGUUCACCAUGCUAUACAGUCAAUAAUUUGGAAGUACCUCAAUAAAGAAAUUGUAGUAUUGUACACGUAA